UCCUACAGAAGAAGUAGGUGGUGUUUGAGAGCUGUCUGAUAAACACAGCUGCUCAUGUGUCUCUGUUGGAAAACCUUGUAGUUCAUUGUCCUCUAGCAAAAUGACUUCUUGUCGCAAGUCUUCUCCUGCUCCACUUCCACAAACCCAUCAGCAGAUGUUGGAGGAAUACCUCUGAAAUCCAGAGAGGCUGUGAGCCUCCAGAGGAAGCUUUGGAUGCACAGCAAAUGCCACCUGAUAAUCUCCACAGUCCUCAAAACAAUGCCGAACAAUUCCAGCAAAGACAGGGCUCACCGCUGCUCCGAGUGCGGGAAGAGUUUUAUCGACGGACGUAAUCUCCGAAGACACCAGUACAUUCACACAGAGAAACCGUAUUGUUGCUUAGAAUGUGCAAAAUGUUUUACGGUACAGAGUAAUCUCCAAGUGCACCAGUGCGUUCACACAGGAGAGAAACCGUACCGAUGCUUAGAGUGUGGGAAGAGUUUCAAUCGGAAGACUCAUCUCCAGGUACACCAGCGCAUUCACACAGGAGAGAAACCGUAUCAGUGCUCUGAAUGUGGGAAGAGUUUUAAUCGAAAGAGUAACCUCCAACUACACCAGCGCAUUCACACGGGAGAGAAGCCGUUUCAGUGUUCAGAAUGUGGGAAAUGCUUUACUGUGUAUGGGAAUCUUCAAGGGCACCAACGCAUUCACACAGGAGAGAAACCGUAUCCCUGCGCAGAAUGUGGGACAAGUUUUAAUCAAAAAAGCCAUCUCCGAGCACACCAGCGCAUUCACACCGGAGAGAAACCGUAUGAGUGCACGGAAUGUGGGAAGUGCUUUACUUCACGGAGUAAUCUCAAAGUGCACCGACACAUUCACACGGGAGAGAAGCCGUACCAGUGUUUAGACUGUGGGAAGAGUUUUAUUGUGAAGAGCGGCCUCCAAGUUCACCAGCGCAUUCAUACAGGAGAGAAACCGUAUUGCUGUUUAGAGUGUGGACUGAGUUUUACUCUGCGGAGCACUCUCCAGAGUCACCAGCGCAUUCACACAGGAGAGAAACCGUAUUACUGCUCGGACUGUGGGAAGAGUUUUUCACAGAGUAGUCCCCUCAAAAAACACAAGUGCCUUAGCACAGGACAGAAGGCUGAAGAGGGAACUCACCACUGCUCGGAGUGUGGACAGAGUUUUUCUCGCAGAAGUCAUCUCCAGCGACACCAGCGCAUUCACACAGGAGAGAAACCGUAUCAGUGCUUAGAGUGUGGGAAGUGUUUUAGUGCACAGGGUAAUCUCCAAAGACACCAGCGCAUUCACACAGGAGUAAAACCAUUUUUCUGUUCAGACUGUGGAAUGAAUUUUAAUCAAAAGAGUCAUCUGCAAGUACACCAGAGCGUUCACACAGGCGUGAAGCCAUAUCAGUGCUCUGAGUGUGAAAAGAGCUUUACUGACAGAUGCAAUUUCCAAAGACACCAGCGCAUCCACACAGGGGAAAAACCUUAUUCCUGUUCAGAGUGCGGAAUGAGCUUCACUCUGCAGAGCAGUCUCCAAGAACACGAGCGCAUUCACACAGGAGAGAAACCGUUUCAGUGCUCAGAGUGUGGAAAAAACUUUAAUCGAAAGAGCAACCUCCAAAUACAUCAGCGCAUUCACACAGGAGAGAAGCCGUAUUACUGUUCGGAGUGUGGAAUGAGCUUCACGGUGCAGAUUAAUCUCCAAAUACACCAGCGCGUACACACAGGAGAGAAACCGUAUCAGUGCUCAGAAUGUGGGAAGAGUUUUUCACAUAAUGGUGCCUUCAGAAAACACCAGCGCAUGCACAUGGUAAAGAAAGCUGGACAAGGAUGGAUGGAGUCAAACAUCUACUCUGGACUUCAAACUUUCAACCUCACAGAAGCAGAUCAGCCACCAAAGUGAAAAAUACCACGACCCCACAGGCAGGUUUAGGGGAUAAUUGGGUCAUUAUUGGCUAAUUGGCUCCCACCUGCAACCAUAAUGUCAUGUCCCGCUCCCGCCCGCAGUUCCUUCAAGGAGAAAUGACAUCCAGUAUUUGUCAUAGUCUAUUCACAAAUACAUUAUCCUCUGCUGAAAUAAUACAGCUGCCAUGGUCAUCAGGCUUACUGUGAAGUAACUUCACCAAACACCAUUUAUUCCCACUAAACACAAAGGGAGAGUUAAACCACAGAACAGUUAUUUUUUGUGUUUUGCUGGGCUCUUUAGGUGUGGCCGUCAGACUGAAGGCUUUGCUGUUUCUGUUGGCUGCGAGUUUGAAUGUUGUUCACAUGAUGAAAAAAACUGAAAAUUUGUCCUGUGUGGCAGGAGUGCAGACCUAUAGUUGGAGGCAUUUACGUUUAAUGGCAUUUUUUAAUGGGCACCAUCAGUCAUUUCAAGCGCCUUAAAGCUAUACCAAACAUGUUUUGUUUUAGGAUAAAUCUGACAAUGAAAAUUUGGUGUCAUUGUUGUAUUAAUGAAUAAUUUCUAAUUCUGAAAGUCAUUGAUAUGUAAUAGUAUUAUUAGCUGUAAAAUAUUAAUAUAUUGGCUGGAUGGGUAAAGUACAGUAUUAUUAUAAUCACCCUCUUGUAAUACAGCACUGUUUUGAAGCAUAUAAACAACUCUCUCCAUCAGCUGGUCAAGCGAAAGCACAGCCUCAACACAGGGGUGUUCGUUUUCCAAAAGCAUCUUAUUGUAAAGAUCACCGGGUGAUCUAAAUAAACUGGUAGAGAGGUUUAAUGUGAUGUGACGCAGAGUCAUCUUUGUGCCAAGAUACUUUUGGGUUAACCAACUGGACUUAGUUUAAGCUCUUCACUCCAGAAGUGGUGUAACUGUCUGUGCUGCAAAAAAUGAUAACUUGGUAAGUGAAAUCAUCUUAACUCCAGUUAACAUCUGAUAUUUCUCAUUUUGAGGUUGUUGUAAUAAGUUUGCAACAUUAUUUAAAGGGUCCAUAUCCUACCUUUUUGUCUUGAAGUCCACUUGGAAAAGUUUGUGUGGGUUAAGGUACCAGUCAGUCAUACUUCUUGACCAUUUUCCAACCUUUCUUUACUCCCUAAAAUUAAACAGGCUGUAUUUAGUAUCUUUAAGAUCUGGUUUUGUGCUUAAAAGGCCAGCACGGUAAACUUCAAAUAGUUGGGGCCAGCAAGUGGAGAGGGAGGGGGAUGUUAUAUUGAUGUUAUAUUGAUAACAUGUUAUAUUGGUGUAAUGUUAUAUUAACAAUAAAAACAACUCACUAAUACGAAACUGACCUUUUGUAUAGUAACAAAUGCAUGGCUUGGAUCACACUAGAAUCACUUGACUGCAGAGUCAUUUCUCCAGAUUUCUAAUAGCUUAAUAAUUGUCAUUCUCUUAGCGUUCAUGCUGAGAGGCUGAGCUGGUAAACCUGAACGCAAAACACCAUCAUGGUGAGCAUAACAAAAUCAUGUAAACUGCAUCCAGAUUUCAUAUCUGCAUAUAACUAGAGUAUACUACGUCAAACAGAAUAUUUUAAUUUAUAGAUGUAAUUAUAUGUUAAUUAACAGAACCCAACAAAAGCGCCAAGAAUACUGGGAAGUGGAAGACUAGAGUCUAUAAGACUCAUCCAAAAUGAACUGAUAAGGUAACAAAAAAGGUAAAGAUUUACCUUCUUAACUAAGGAUUGUUGCUAGAUUUGUAUAUGUAAUUUUAACAAAUUAGUAAACCAAAAAAAUAAGUGCAAGUAUUGGUUUACAGUGUAUGUUACUGGAACUAGAACUGAGUAUGUCUCAAUACAGAGGUGAUCGUUUGGGAACCCAGCAGGCCUUUCUGGCAUCAUUAAGAGAAACACUAUCUUUGUUGACCGCUGUGUUGAGUAUUGUUUUGGGGCCAUACAAGUCUGCAUCAUAAUAGUUUUGAUUUGUAAUGAUGAAUCAGAAAUUGUAUUCAUACAGUAUGUCUAAUAUAAUUUGCAUAAAGAUAUAACUGCUUUGACCAAUUCUGUGUUAGGCAGGGCAAACACAUGUGGGUGCACUCAGCCCGACCAUCUGUCCACCCACCCAAUGUUUGUUUGUGUGACCAUGAUAAGCUGUUAAAGAUUAUUUCUCUUUAUUUUAUGCAUUCAUUAAAUGAUGUUCACUUUUUUCUAUUCCUGUAAUCCUGAAAAAAGCUUCAUUAUAAAAAAUGUAUAAUCCAUUUCA